GGCUGCCACAUGCGCAUUUCGUUCCAAAUCAGAAUGUGUACAAACCAGUACCGAGCACUUGUGUAACAACAAAAACGCACCUCGUCUGCUUCAGUUCAAGGUUCUCAAGGUAUAAAAUUAAAAACCGGCUUAUUUUCCUCCUAAAAACAGCUUAAUUGUUUCGUUUUGUAGCCUAAUACUAAAACGUUUAACACAUUUAGCAACAUCAACUCAAGCAUAGGCUAUAUAAUAAACGUCCUAGCGAGAGGUGAAACGAUUAGACAGAAAAAGUCUUAUAUAAAAACGUUUUGGUGGACAGUUAUUAAAACGGUUAUAUGCUCAAUCUCAGAUAAUUAUAAGGAAAGUAUGGAUGGGACAACACGAGAAAGUCUGAGUCAGAUUCAGGGUGUCCCAUUACUAGCGCGGGUGGUGAAGUACUGGGCAAGAGUGGAGAAGUUCCAGGCGUCAAAUGAGGAUUUGCUCAUUGCCACGUAUCCUAAAGCAGGAACUACGUGGAUACAGGAAGUAGUGGAUAGCAUCCUGAAUGAAGGAGAUGUUGAAAAGUGCAAGCGGGCGCCCACUCAGGUGCGCAUGCCAUUCUUUGAGAUGACUGCUCCUGAUGGUUCAAGUUCUGGUAUAUCUAAGUUGGAGGUUAUGGAUCCCCCUCGUGUUAUCAAAACUCAUCUUCCCAUCCAGCUUGUGCCUCGUUCUUUCUGGGAUGCUGGUUGCAAGGUUAUAUAUAUUGCCCGUAAUCCGAAAGACACUGUGGUUUCAUAUUUUCAUUUUGACCGCAUGCAUCUUUACCAGCCUGAGCCUGGCCCUUGGCCACAAUAUCUGGAGAAGUUCAUGAAAGGGGAAUUGGGUUGGGGAUCCUGGUAUGACCAUGUUAAAGGAUACUGGAGGGAAAGGCAUAACAAGAAAAUCCUUUACACAUUCUAUGAAGACAUGAAAGGGGACCCUGUUCGCGAAGUAACCCGCAUUGCUCAAUUCCUUGGACAACAGUUAUCAAAAAGUACAAUAGAGCAUAUUGUGCAAAUGACAAAGUUUUCUGCUAUGCGAGAAAACCCCAUGGCAAACUACUCAACUAUCCCAGAUACAAUCUUUGAUCGCACAGCCUCAGAAUUCAUGAGAAAAGGUGAGGUUGGUGACUGGAAGAAUCACUUCAGUGCAGAAGAGGAUGCUGCAUUUGAGGAACAUUAUCGCAAAAUAAUGGCUGAUUGUCCUAUUCCAAUACGGUUCACAAUAUGAAAGAUUGAAAUGGAGUGUGUUUGUU